AUGCCUAUAGAGCAAGAGGAUCACAACAAGAAAUUAGUAACUGAUUUAUACAAAGCCCUAAUCUCCAAAGACACAAACACAAUGCAACAUCUUCUUGCCUCAGAUUUGGAAUGGUGGUUCCAUGGUCCACCAUGUCAUCGUCACUAUUUGGUCCCUAUCCUCACAGGCUCAUCAUCAUCAUCAUCAAUAUCUCAAGAAUCUUUAGUUCCUAAUCUUAUAAUUGGGUUUGGAUCAGUGAUUGUUGCUGAAGGCUAUGAUGAAAAAAAUAUGGUAUGGUGGGUUCAUGCAUGGUCUAUUUCUGAUGGAAUUAUCACUGAGGUUAGAGAAUAUGUUAACACUUCGGUUUAUGUUACUAAGCUUGGUUUGCAUUCAGAAGAUGUUGUUGUUGGUUCCAGUUGUAGGUGCAUUUGGCAGAGUAAGCUUUGUGAUGGUUCGGUUCCUGGACUCAUUCUCACAAUCUAG